UAAUUGAUAUACAUGUACUGAUAAACUGAUAAUUGUACAUCAUUUUAAAAUGUUCGUCAGUGUUAAAGUUUUACUAUCACUGUCAUGUGUAUAAUAUAGUAACAACUGAUAAAACAGUAAUUGUAAAUGGUUGUGUUUGUUGGUUAAUCCAGGAAUAUGUUGGUAGCAAGACUUUAAUCCAUGAAUAAUGGUGUGACGAAGUCUUCGUCAAGGACUAUUUACCGUUGGUUUUAUUAAUAAACAUUAGUUUUAUAACGAAAUUUCUGCCUACAAAUAUCACUAUGAAGAUCAGCAAACUUCAGGCCUUGAAGCUCCUCUGCCUCGCGAUCGGUUGCCUGGCCAAGUUCACCACCGGCUCUAUGUUCGUUUUCAGUGUGUACCAGGAUGUCGUGAAGGAUACCUUCAACUAUACACAGCAGGAGGUGGAAUUGUUUGCCUCCAUGCUAAACAUAGGUCUAGGAAUCGGAUUUCUGCCCGGAAUGUUCUACGAUAGGUUUGGCCCUCGGUUGACGUCAUUCGUAGGACUGCUGGUAUCUGUCUCUGCCUACCUACUCCUGUGGAGCACCACCAAAGCUGUGCGCUUUUACUCAAAGAAUUCCUGGCUGAUGGCGAUCUACUUUCUAAUUUGCGGUUUUGGCUCGGUGUUCACCUAUAUGGUUGCCCUCAACACGAAUAUCAUCAACUUUGACAAGAAAUACACGGGCAUGAUCGUCGGCAUUUUGAACGCAUUUUUUUCGGGGAGUCCUUCCAUAUACUCUAUUAUCUAUUACAAUGUAUUCACGCAUGGCGAUAAGACUUAUACCGCCAACCAAGAUUUUGGUGGAUUCAUGCUCAUGUUUGCAAUAAGUUUCGCCGUAGUUGACAUAUUGUGUAUCAUUUGUAUGAACUGCUACCGAGACGAUGAUCCGGAAUUCGUGCAGUUUAACAAUGAGCAAAUUGUGAAUGAUGUUUCACAUGGAGAUAGAUCAGAAAGUGACAGUUCCAAUGAAAUGUUUUGCUUUAAGAAAAGAUCAAGUAGUACGAACUCAGCAUCGACUCCCAGUAACCCGACGGUCUACCCUUACGCCGACAGAGAAAUGUCACUGAAAGAAAUACUUUUAAAUGCCGACUACCAGCUCAUACUUUGGAUGAUCAGCUUCGCGUCAGUAAUUGGACUGGUUUAUGCUAACAAUAUUACCCUGAUCAGCAAGUCUGUUCACUUAAACCAACACGACGGUGUGCUGACAAUUGUUAUCCCAAUUACAAAUGCUAUCAUCAGCUUUUCCGUUGGAAUAGUCUCGGAUAUUUUCAAACACAAAAUACCCCGAGUUUGGAUUUUGAUUCUAUCUUUUAUUUCAUUUACCUUGUCGCAAGUUCUAGUAAUUCUUUUCGCAAAUUCUUACGGAAUAUUAAUUGUAUCCCUUGUGCUUGUUGGCAAUGGUGUGGCCAUAUUAUGGACAAUAGCACCGACAAUCAUCAAAGAGAUGUUUUACAUAGGUAAUUUAGGCCGAAAUUGGGGAGCCUGUCUGUUAGUAAUGUCCCUGAUCGGUGCUGGGCUACAGGAGGCGUUUGGUGCUAUGUACGAUCAUAUGUCUUCGGGGGAGGGGGACGACUUACACUGUUAUGGGAUGAAGUGUAUUACGGGUGGAACUGCGUUGAUCGUUGCAUGCGGAGCGACAUCUCUCGUUUUAUCGUUAGUUUUCAUUGUAAAACAACGGGUUAGGUCCAGAAGCUUAAAUUAAUAAGUAUUGUUGAAUUCUCUAUGGAUUUAGAAAUAUACUACAUGUAUUUCCUUUUAUGACCACUGGUGGAGUAAAAUGUUAAGUGUUUGGUUCUUGAUAUAUAUACAAUGUAUU